CGGCUGCAAGACGCAAGUGCACGCUGCAGUCUCUCGGCGCCGGGCUGGGUGCGCGCACGCAGCUUUACAUCCCUCAAUCGCUCACUUAUCCAGUUCCUAUCGAAAGCAUGCGCUCGAGUCGCUUCGGGUGCGACGACUCAGAAGUUUUCGAUAUCGCCAAUCAACAUUCCUUGUCGCCCCGUUAUCAGAAAGCAUUCAGCGAGCUUCGCGUACAUUUUGUUUCCGCUGUGUCGAUUGCGUCGCGCUAGGGGUUGUUCAGACUAGUCGUAGACAAGCGAUAUGACGGCACCGGUUGUUGUGACUGUACCAGUUGGUGGGGAGGGUCCCAACGGCCUUGCACCCCAGGAAGACGCUAUGAAAGGCGUUGAGGCCACCCCAGAGGAACAAGAACGGUUAGCUUCCGGAAAUAAUAAUGGCUCCCUCGACUGCAAACUUCCGCCCGCCCAGCCUCGCUCAGUGUUUCACUCGACUCACGUGUUCAUGCUGGUUUUCCUCUCGGGUUGGGUGUUGCAGGGCAUGUUCCUCACUUAUUUCGUGAGUGUGACGACGACAGUUGAGAAGCUGUAUAAGGUGGAAUCAAAGACGACAGGGAUUUUACUGUCUGCGACGGAAAUUGGACAAAUAUGCACAGCGUUAUUUCUGACUUAUCUAGCUGGCCGUGGACACAGGCCGAGAUGGAUUGCAUGCAUGAUGAUCGUACUGGCCAUAGGGGUUAUUGGAUGUGUGGUACCUCAUAUACUAUAUGGGACGCAGUUAAUGGACGUCCAUUUGGACUCGCAUCGGGCUGAAGCUGCGCCCGUGUGCAAUGACAAUUCGUCGACAGCUUGCGAUGCAGCUCAUAUGAAAAGUACUGCUGCUCGAUCCUCUAUAACAGCGGUGGUGAUUCCUUGGCUCUUCAUGUGUCUCCUGGUGGUUGGAGUGGGCCAGACUGGGAUAGCAACGCUUGGUAUACCCUACGUUGAUGACAACGUCGGUAGCAGGCAGUCUCCACUGUAUAUGGCAAUAACGAUUGGGAUCAGAGUAAUUGGACCGGCACUUGGAUUUCUGCUCGGAGCUUUGUGUACGAGAGUAUACGUAGAUCCACUGCAAGACCCUGGAUACGAAUAUAGUGAUCCGAGAUGGGUUGGAGCUUGGUGGCUUGGUAUGGUGUUUAUAGCAGGAUUCGUGGUGAUCCUCUCCUCUCUGAUGUUCUGUUUCCCGAAGCAAAUACGACAGAGUCCUUUACCACCGCCUCCCAAGAAGAUUAAAGAGAAGAAUGAGCCGUUGUUUAAAGAUUUCUUUGCGACGAUCAAGCGUCAGUUGACAAAUGACAUCCUGAUGUGGAGGACAGCCAGUUCGGUUCUCCAUCUGAUGCCCAUAAGUGGAGUCUACUCAUUCCUGCCCAAAUAUCUGGAGAAGCAGUUCAGACUGCCCACGCACGAUGCCAACCUUGUUUCGGGUCUUGGCGGUAUUCUGGUGAUGGGUUUAGGUAUUAUCACCUCCGGAGUGGUUAUACUAAAGCUGGUCCCGAGUGCGAGACAAGUUGCCGCCUGGACAGCUGCAACUGCUGCCAUCUAUAGCGCUGGUAUGAUACUGCUUAUGUUUGUGAGUUGUCCCGAAGAAUCCUUCAGAGUGUUGAGUACGACAGACAACAACCUCACUUGUAGUGUUGGCUGUCAAUGCGAGAAUUCCUCAUAUAGUCCUGUUUGUGGGCAGGAUUCAUACACAUACAUGUCUCCGUGUCAAGCUGGUUGUCACAGUAGCAAACGACUAGACAACAGCACUUGGUACUACAGUGACUGCGAAUGUGUUAAUAACAACACUAUCGGGGAUAGGGCUUACAAAAUUUUGGAACGAUACGAGGCUGUAAACGUGACGUAUGACGACAUAUCGAACGGCGGGUUUGCCGUGAGCGGCGAAUGUGGCGGUCCCUGCAACCAGAUCUACUUAUUCAUAGCGAUAUUUGCGGCCAUUAUGUUCGUACACGCCAGUGGUGAAGUCGGGGCUGUGUUGUUAAUUAUACGUUGUACGGAUAAACAUGAUAAGGCCAUGGCGAUGGGGGUGAUACAGUUCGCCAUUGGAGUGUUUGGGAAUGUCCCUUGCCCCAUUGUGUUCGGGGCGGCAGUUGACGCGGCCUGUCGGUUGCGAGACGUCGCCUGCGGCGUACUUGGCGGCUGCGUAUCGUAUGACAGUGACAGCUUGCGGCAUUUCUUCCUGGGUCUGUCAUCCGGUCUAAUGUUCCUAGCGUUUAUAAUGGAUAUGCUAGUAUGGAGCCGGGCGGGACGCAUCGACAUGAAUCCUGGAGAAAGACAAGAUACACCUCAAGACGCGCCACUCGCGCCUAACCCUGACACACAACUCUGACGUACAUCGACAAUGUACGAGGACUCCGUGUGAAUGUAAAAAUACUAAAUGCGUAAAGUUGGCACUGCUAUAUUUACGGUAACAGAAGGAUGUUUUGGCAAAUGAGUGGGUUAUGGAAUGAAUUCUAGGACGUUACAAAUAAUGUUUUAUAUAUUCAUAAAUAAACAAGUGCCGAUACAAACAUGGACAUGUUUAAUAACUGAAAUAUACGAUAAAAACCUAAAUAUAAUAGGUAUAUACUGCUAUGAUGCUUCAAGGCGACAAAACAUAUAUUUACAAUUUAACGAGAAUCCGGAUCGAAGGACCAUAAAAUUUCCACCACAAAUAAAAGUCGUAAAUAGCGAUUUGACUGUAUUAUACUUAUCCCGUUGAACCAGAGAAUAAAAAUUAAACUCGGAAAGGGACCUUUGAAAAUCAGUUUUCUUUACAGAAGUCGAAUUUUGACAAAUAUUUUUGAAUUGUUAGAUGACGUUUUCUAUUUUUAGCGAUAUUUGUGCAAUAUUUUUGAUGUUGUAGCGAAAUUUAUAUUUAAAGGUUUGUUUGUUAAAUGGUCACUGCCUGUUUUGACCUCAUAUAACGAAUGUUUUGAUCAACGAGUUGUCAUUGAAGCUAUGACGUCACUAAGCAUAAAACUUUUUUUUAAUAAGUUCGAUAAAUAUAUCGGCUAUCUCUGCCUAAAUAAAGCAAACGAUAGAGAAAUAAUAUCUUAAAUACCUUUUAAAUCGUUUGGGCGUAUAAACUGACGCGGCAUAUUUUUUAAAUUGAACAAUUAUUUUAAUGUAUUGGAUUUAGUAGAAGAAUUUUUACGUGUUUAGCAAAUGACGUAAUGUAUUUUUAAACUAAAAUCUACUUUAUCCAGUGUUAGCUUUAGGUAAUUGCAUAAUAUUUUUUGUAUGUGUUUUUAUUCAUUUUAUUUCACGUUAUUCAUUUUAUAAUAGUUGUGUACAUCACACACAUGGGACUGAGUUUUUGCUGAAUUACGCUGUCUGUUUGUUAAUUAAUUGUAGGAGUUAAUAUAUGAAAACCUUUUUGAAUACAUUUUUAAUUCUUAAAGCGAAUAAUUCUGGAAAAUGUUAAUGUAAACUGACUACUGUCAAUGUCAAAUUAAUUCGUGUUGAUUAGACAAAAGACUUACGUCAGUUUGAAUGUACAUGUUAUUUUUAAUUGCAACAACACCAUUGAACAGGUAAUUCUUGAAACUCAAAAGGCAUGACAUUAAGUUUGACAGUUGACAAAUCUGUUAAUUGACAACCAACUGGAAACUGAGUACUCUAUUUUAACGCGUACGUGUCGUUUGAAAGAAAGAUACAAAAUAUUUUAGUUUUUAUUUUGGGUUAUUGAAUUAAUUAUAUUUGAAGUGAAAGUUAAACACUGGGCUAUUUCCAAAAAGACAGCGUAGUUCGCAACAUUUUUUAUAUAAUUGCGAAUUAAAUGGCUAGUGAUUAGAUUUUUAUAUUAGUGACUAAAUGUAAAUAUUUAUUUUAAAUGAAUUUUACUCUCAAUAGAUGUAACGGCGUUUAUGUACAAGUAUGUAUGGCCAUGUAAUUUAGAAUAAUAUAUAUAUAUAUAUAUAUAU